UCCCUCCUCCAGUCCCGUCCCAGGCUACCUGAACAUGGUGCGAGUGGCGGCCCCUCCCGGUCACGCGCAGGACCCACCCCGCUCUCUCCCGUCCUCUUCCCAAAUCCCUCCCCCCGUCCCGCCCCCUUCACUUCCCCUCCUCUGCACACUCUUCCCCUCCCCCCGUUUAGUCGCGGGGUACGCCGGGAGCUGUCACGGGGUGAUGACGUCGGCUGCAGUUUCAUGGAGGCGACCGCAGCUGAUGAAUGGAGGACUGUCCCGAAGCGCAGGGGGCGGCGCCCGAGACCAGCCAAGCUGCACAUGGCAGACGGGGAUCCUGAGAUGGGCGGGGAUGGCGAUGCAGUACGAAGGCGGGUCUGUGAGGCCCGGGAGGACUUGGUCACCUCUGAUUUCUGGCGUUUAACAGAGGAACUCAUCCAGAAGUGUUUUACUAAACCUAAGGACCAACUACAGGAAAGUCCAGAGCCCAUUUCAGAAGUCCUUGAACAUCUCUGUCUCGAACCAUCACAGCACCCAGUUGAGGCACCCAAUUCCAACUUGAGGAAAGAGUCAUUAGAGAGGACAAGCCAUUUUAAGUGUGUUUGCUAUGGAAUUGGGAAGUUUGCUUCAUGUGUAAUAGCUCGAAAUCAACUAGCAUUUUUACUUCUCUUUCUGGAAAAGUUACAGAUUCCCAGAAAUCACUGCUAUAUAUUUGAUCCUCUCUUUAAUGAACUUGAAAUUUCAGUUCUUAAUGCCUUUGGUCUUACUGUUCUCAAUGAGAAUGAGGAAGGAAAACGGAACAUCUGUGGUGAACCCACCAUUUUUUACAUGAUCCACUGUGGAACGGCUUUGUAUAAUAAUCUAUUAUGGAGUAACUGGUCCGUCGAUUCUCUUUCCAAGGUGAUGAUCAUUGGAAAUAGUUUCAAAGGAAUUGAAGCAAAGUUGUUAACAAGGAUUCUGCAGGAAAAUUACCCCUAUGUAGCAAAGAUUUUAAAGGGAAUAGAAGAAAUUGAAUUUCCCCAGACAUCACAAUAUAUGGAUGUAUUUAAUGAUACUGCCAUCCUUUGGUUUCCUUUACAAAACCUGAAGGAGUUCCCCAGUGAAAUGUGGACAUUCCAAGAUGGGCCAGUCUAUUCAGAAAGUGAAGAGCUGGAAAUCAUCAGGAACAAGAGGAAGUUGACUCAGCCCUUUCUUCAGUGAUAGUUUGCCAUUAUGGUAUAGUGGACAGAAGAACAGACCCAGUGUAGCAGUCCACAGUUGUGUUUACUCUAGAGAUAAUUAAGCUGUAAAGAUGGUCUUAGCAGAGCGCAUUCUCUGUCCUGCGCAUGGCCAGUAAGGCACUGAACUUUGAUCCCAACGGGGAAAUCAGGUUUAUUUGUUCUCCCCAGGCUGAAAAAGGAUCCGCCCGUAUGACAAUUUACCUUUCUACCAAUGAUAAUCCGCUAUGUCUUUAAUAUGUUUUAUGUAUGUUUGCAUAUGAAUGUUAAUAAAAGAGGAGCUCACAGGCCUAGCCCAGCUUUUCCACUUAUCUCUCUUCCUUGCUACUAUCUCUUUUUCUCUCUCUUGGAGCUGGCCUCUGGCCAUGCUCACUACCUUUGUUUCUCUAAUCCCUAUCAUUAAGCCAACAGUUCCGCCCUGGUUUAAGGACUGUGGCUUGUCUCUAUUGAUCUUGUAAGCUUAUUUCUGAUGUCCAUGAUGUUGUGUUAUGAUCUUUUCACUGUCUCAUGUAUCUAUGAAGUGGAAGGCCGGAGCUAAAGUCUGUGGGCUCGAUUUAUGUA